AUGCGUCUAUCAGCGCAGCUGACCAAUACCAAGCUGGCAGACGAGGAGGUCCCUGAGCUGGCCUCGGUGCCAGACGGUGUCUCUCGCUGGACUGGCGCGGACCUCGACCGCCUACGCAGUGCUGCCCGCCGUGGCGGCGUGGGGGCGGAACAGCAGGACCUGGAGCAAAAGCUGUGCCGCACCAUCGAUAUCCUCGGUGCUCGUAGCCAAAAAACACAGGGGAUCAAUGCUGUCCUCACUUCCGUGGCGCGACUCCGGGAGAGCAAUACCUUCCGGCUCUACCUGCUCACACAGAACCACCGCGGCGUCGGUAUUCUUAAGAUGGGGGUGAAGAAGCUGUUUGUGACGCAUCCCGUUACCUGUGGCCUAGUUGAGGUGGACCCCCUCUGCGUGCUGGAUUUCUACGUGGACGAGAGCUGCCAGCGGCAAGGGUAUGGGAAGCAGCUGUACGCGCACAUGCUGGACGCGGAGCACGUGUCCAGGCCCGAGUUGCUGGCGAUUGACCGCCCCAGUGACAAGCUGCUAGGGUUCAUGAAGAAGCACUACGGACUCACCGCGUACACGCCGCAGGUGAACAAGUUUGUCGUCUUUCACGGCUUCUUUGGCCACACCACCGUAUCGGAGCGCGGUAAACUACUGCGGACGACAUCCCCAACGGGUGCUGCCGCUGCCGCCACCGGCACAAAGGCAAAAAACGAAAUGCCCGGGUAG